AUGAGCAUGGCCUCAUCUCCAACGAGCUAUGACUAUAUCACAAUCAGCAAUAAACACAGACAUGCCUCGAAGCACAAUUAUGACAUGGUCUGGGACUUUGAGCCGAAUCCUGGUUACGGCAAGAGCUGGGACAAGCUCAACAUCACCAGAGAUACCAUCCAGCGCACUCUAGUCGGCGAGAAAAGCUAUGAGUGGGUAUGGAUGCUCGAUCUCGACACUCUCAUCAUGAAUUCCUCAGUGACACUUGAAGACUUCGUCGAGCGUAGCUUGGAAUAUGGUGAACGAGAGGGCAAGAAGCGCGAAGACAUCCACAUGAUCUUGACUAGAGAUUGUGAGCCACUAAAUGCGGGCAGUAUGAUUUUCAGGGCCAGCCCAUGGAUGCUGCAAAUGAUCGAGCAGUGGCGGUCCCAUGAUGUCGAUGCGGAUGCCGGCGAGGGAAAUCGUCUGGAUCAAGGUGCUUUGAAGGGCAUGCUCCAGGAGGACGUUUUUUCUUCUGCUCAGAAGAGCGUGAUUGUGCCACAGACGUGGAUGAACUCGUAUCCCGAAGAAAUCCAGUGCUAUGAUCCUCGCGAAGAGGCAUUAACGAGGCCGUGGGAGUAUGGCGAUUUCGUCAUUCAUUUCGCUGGUGCGGCCUGGCAUCAUGCUGAGCUGCAUGAUCCAGUAGGACACUUCAUGAGGAAGUAUAUCAAGUAUGCACUCCAAUGA